AUGGGAAAAGCCAGAGUUACUCCACGUCGUUUAUUAACAAUACCUCGUUUGGAAUUGUCAGCCGCUAUUGUAUCAAUUAGAAUAAGUCAACUACUAAAACAAGAACUUCAAUACGAGAACAUUACUGAGUGGUUUUGGACUGAUCUCGGUUAUAUUGCGAACGAUAACCGAAGAUUUCACAUAUUUGUAGCAAAUCGAGUACAACAGAUAAGAGAACACUCUAGUCCAACACAGUGGAAGUACAUAGACACCAAGGAAAACCCUGCAGAUGUAGCCUCACGAGGGGCAAGCGCAAAUGAUUUGGUGAAGAACUCAAAUUGGUUUACCGGACCGAAAUUUUUAUGGACACUUCAAUCCUUUGACGCAGAUGCGAAUACACCCGAUUUGUCACUGAAUGACCCUGAAAUACGAAUAGUGAAGACAUUUUCUACUAAGAUGGAUGUUAUUGAAUUUGCGUCUAUGAUUGAACGCUUGGAAUAUUUCUCUAGUUGGAAUCACGCAAAGCGAGCUGUAAGCAUUUGCUUAAAACUAAAGGACACACUUAGAUCUCAGACUAAGAGUAAAAACCAAUCAAUUGUAAGUACAUUGUGCGUAAACGACAUGCAACGUGCAGAGAUUGAAAUUAUCAAACAAUUGCAAUCAUCGUCAUUUAGCGAAGAAAUAGCUGUUUUACAAUCGAUGGGUGAAGGUAAAACCUAUGAAGAUAGACAAUCAACCCGAAUUCGAAAUAUACAAUUGAAACGAACUUCAUCAUUAUACAAGUUAGACCCGUUUCUAGAUUCCGAUGGAAUUAUUCGAGUUGGUGGUCGUAUUCGACGAGCGGAGUUUAACUUAGCAGUUAAACAUCCAGUGAUCAUUCCUAGACAUUCACACGUAACAGAACUAAUCAUACGACAUUUCCACGAGAAAGCCGAACACCAAGGAAGAGGCAUGACAAUAAAUGAAAUACGUGCGAACGGAUUUUGGAUAAUUGGUUGUAGUACUGCCGUUUCUAAAUAUCUAGCAACAUGUGUAAUUUGUAGGAAACAUAGAAGUAAUACUCAAGAACAAAAAAUGGCUGACUUACCGAGUGACAGGCUUGAUCCGGUACCGCCUUUCACUUAUAGCGGAGUUGAUUUAUUUGGACCGUGGUACAUUAAAGAAGGACGUAAAGAACUUAAACGCUACGGUGUCUUGUUUACGUGUCUAUCAUGCCGAGGCGUACAUAUAGAGACAGCAAAUUCACUCGAUACCAGUUCAUUCAUAAAUGCGUUACGUAGAUUUAUAGCCAUACGUGGCCCUGUAAGACAUCUAAGGUCAGAUAGAGGAACCAAUUUUGUAGGUGCGGAACGAGAAUUGCGAGAAGCUUAUUCAGAAAUGGACGAUAAAAGUAUAAGACAAUUUCUUUCAAAUGAAGGUUGUGAUUUUGUAGAAUUCAAAAUGAAUGUCCCAUCUGCUAGUCAUAUGGGUGGAGUUUGGGAACGUCAAAUCCGGUCAGUUAGAAAUGUGCUUGCGUCACUAAUGCAUCAAUCUGGUACACAAUUGGACGAUGAAUCUUUGAGAACUUUUAUGUGCGAAGCCGCAGCAAUUGUGAACAGCCGUCCUUUAACUCUUGAUAAUUUGAAUGAUCCUUUAUCAGAAGAACCCCUAACGCCAAAUCAUAUACUUACGAUGAAGUCAAAGAUUAUUCCUCCGCCUGGACAAUUUCAAAGAAGUGAUAUUUACUCUCGAAAACGCUGGAGGCGAGUUCAAUUCUUAGCAAACGAGUUUUGGAAUAGAUGGAGGAAGGAGUAUUUGUCUAACCUACAAUCUAGAAAGAACGGGACUGCUCCUAGACGAAAUUUGCAAGUCGGCGAUAUAGUUAUGAUCAAAGAUGAACAAGCCGCGCGAAAUCAGUGGCAUCUUGGGAAGAUCAACACAGCACACGUAGAUGAAGAUGGACUUGUUAGAAAAGUGCGGGUUACGAUCGGUGCUCAAAUUGACAAUAGUGGAAGGAGGAAUUCACCUCUUCAGGAAUUAGAUAGGCCGAUUCAAAAACUAGUGUUAGUAUUAGAAGUAGGGGAAACCGAGGAAGUCCCCACCGAGGAGCCUAUUCACAUUUAG